AUGCUUGUUGUUGCAACUGAUGUUUGCCCCACAGCCACAGCCACCUCCGAUGGACAAGUGGCAGCGAGAGUGAUGAAUUUGAGUUUCGAUGGGCUCUGCAUAAGCCCCAAGCGAGAUCACAAGUCCGAAAACUAUGAGUACCUUCAAUUGGAGUUCAAUGCUCACGUGUUUGGCUCACUGGAGCAGUAUUUGCCUCCUCACAAAUUUGAGGUUGAGGUUCGGUACAUGAGGAACAUUCUGCUUCGCUAUUUUACUGAGAAUGACCGCAUUCGGAUUCAGAAGCUGAGGGAGUACAGGCUAAAGGUCAUAUUGAACUAUCCUCCACUGCAUAGGGAGAUAUAUACUAUGGAUGCUGAGAACUUUUUCACGCCAUCAUUUCUCAGAGCAAUUAAAGAAAACACCGAAGCAAGUUUUAGAAGUAUAAUGGCUGAACCUCGAAAAGGAAUUUAUACUUUUGAAAUGCUUCAACCACAAUUUUGUAAAAAACUGAUGUCUGAGGUGGAUAGUUUUGAAAGAUGGGUUCGUGGUACCAAACUAAGAAUCAUGCGACCUAAUGCAAUGAAUAAACAUGGUGUUGUUCUUGAUGAUUUUGGCCUGGAAAUCAUGCUUGACAGAUUUUUGAGUGACUUCAUACAUCCUAUGUCACGAGUUUUCUACCGUGAAUUUGGUGGAUCCUCGGUGGACUCUCACCAUGGUUUUGUUGUUGAAUAUGGAAUCAAUAAAGACGUGGAACUUGGCUUACAUGUAGAUGACGCAGAAGUCUCCUUAAAUGUUUGCUUGGGGAAAGAAUUUUCUGGCGGAGAAGUAUUCUUCCAGGGUGUUCGAUGUGAAGAACAUUUACUUUCAAAUGCCCAACCAGGUGCAUUAAUGGAAAAAUUUGAGAUCUUCAAUUAUUUCCAUGCUCCGGGACACGUGAUUCUUCAUCCUGGUCGUCAACGGCAUGGGGCCAGACCAACAAUAUCUGGGAAUAGGACGAAUUUAAUCAUAUGGUGUAGAAGUACGGCUUUCAGAGAGUUGAAGAAAUAUCAGAGAGAUUUUCCAAGCUGGUGUGGGGAAUGCAAACGCAAGAAGAAGGAGCGAGCGCGUUUAUCGCUGAUGGUCAUCCAACAGGAAUUACGGAAGAGGGAGAUAUAA